UAUAUCAAUGAGCACAGGACUUGCUAAACCCAAAAAACUCAAACUUACAGAUUAUGAAGUCUUUCAAACCUUGGGCACUGGUAAUCAAUAAUUGAAAUGCUGAAUUUUAGGUUCAUUCGGAAGAGUGAAACUGGCAAGGAAUAAACAAACCAACAAAUAUGUCGCCUUGAAAAGUCUAAAAAAGGCAGAGAUCAUAAGACUCAAGCAAGUUGAUCACGUGAUUAAUGAAAACACAAUAUUAGGCAAUCUACAACAUCCAUUCAUUGUAAAAUUCCCAUCAUCAAUCGUAGGUUACCUUUGAAGGCUUCUGCUAAGAUCCAAGAUAUCUCUAUUUAGUCUUAGAAUUCGUUUCUGGAGGAGAGUUGUUCACUUACUUAAGAAGCAUCGGAAGACUCGAUACUUAACAUGCAGCGUAUAAUUGUGAGCUAAUCUUAGCUUUUACGGUGCACAAGUUGCCUCAAUCUUUGAGUAUCUGCAUUCCAAGAAUAUUAUCUAUAGAGAUCUUAAACCAGAGAACUUAUUGAUUGCAGAUGAUGGAUAUCUCAAAUUAACAGAUUUCGGCUUUGCCAAAGUCGUCGAAGGAAGAACCUACACUCUAUGUGGAACUCCAGAAUACUUGGCUCCCGAAAUCCUGUUGAACAAAGGACACGGCAAAGCUGUCGAUUGGUGGACUUUGGGAAUUUUAAUUUAUGAAAUGAAUGCAGGAAUUGAUCCAUUCUCAGAUGAAGAUCCCAUGGCUAUUUAUCAAAAGAUAUUGAAGGGCAAAGUCAAAUUCCCAAAAAGCUUUGAUAAGUAACCAUUAUUCAUUAAACCCAAAGGAAUGCCAAAUCUUUAGUCAAACAUUUACUUGUGGCUGAUCUUUCUAAAAGAUAUGGAAAUUUAAAAAAUGGUAACACUCUCAUUUCUAUCCCAAGGCGCUGCCGAUGUCAAAAAUCACAGAUGGUUUGGAAGUCUAGAUUGGAAUCUACUUACUUAAAAGAAAUUGCCCGUCCCCUACAAACCAGUUGUGAAGUAACCACUCUAUUCUCAUUCCCUUUUAUUAGAGCUCCCAAUGAUACAUCCAAUUUUUCAUCCUAUCCAGAGUCCGAUACCCAAAGUCCUGCUCUCAAACCAGCAGACGAUCCCUUCUUAGAAUGGUGAUUAAUAGAGC